CUCUGCCAUUACAAACGAGCCUCCAUCAUCACAUCCCCUCCCACUGGACCAGCAGAGGAGGAGCAAGUAGCCGAGAAAAUGCUUUCCAUAUGCUCUUCGAUGAUAUCUUCCCCGUCGCCACCUCCACCUUCCUCCGCAGCCGGCACGACCCGGUCCAUCCCCGGCAGCUAUGGCUUCCCUCUCCUCGGUCCCCUCAAGGAUCGGCUCGACUACUUCUGGUUCCAAGGCCAGGAUAAAUUCUUCCGCAGCCGCAUGGAAGCUCACAAAAGCCCCGUCUUCCGGGCCAAUAUGCCCCCAACCUUCCCCUUCUUUUUCGGCAUCGAUCCACGCAUAGUCGCCGUUCUCGACUGCGACUCUUUCUCCUCCCUCUUCGACCCUGCCCUCGUCGACAAACGAAACGUACUCGUAGGGUCUUAUAUGCCCUCCCUCAGCUUCACCGGUGAUAUCCGUGUCGGCGUCUAUCUCGAUACGACCGAGCCUGGCCAUGCCGCUGUGAAAAAAUUCAGCCUUGACCUUCUCCGCCGGAGCUCCGCCGUCUGGUUCUCCUCUUUUGAAUCCAAUCUCAGCAGAAUGCUUUCGACAAUCGAAUCCGAGCUAGGGCAGAAUUCCAGCUCCAACUUUUUCAUCCCGUUGCAAAAAUGCAUCUUUUCCUUCCUCUGCAAAAGCAUCAUUGGGGUUGAGCCAUCGGUUUCCUCUGAGGUCGGUGACGGCGGCUUUGUUAUGCUCGACAAAUGGCUGGCUUUACAGCUCCUACCAACCGUCAGCGCGCAAGCGCUGCCGCAGCCGUUCGCUGAGAUCUUCCUCCACUCCUUCCCUUUCCCCUUCUUCCUCGUCGCCGGCGACUACAAAAAACUCUACAAUUUCGUGGCCAAGCAUGGCGCUGAGGUCGUUUCCAUCGCCGAGGAGUACGGGCUUACUAAAGACGAGGCAAUUCAUAACAUCCUUUUCGUGUUAGGCUUCAACGCAUUCGGCGGCUUCACCGUCUUCCUCCCGGCUCUGAUCACCACCAUCGGCCGCGAUAAAACAGGGCUGAAGCAGAGACUCAGAGAGGAAGUGCGAAGCCAUAUCAAGAGCGAAAAGGGAGUAGUUGGUUUUGAGGAAUUGAAAGGGAUGGAACUGGUGUGGUCAACAGUGUACGAGGUGCUCCGGCUAAAUCCGCCGGUGCCGCUGCAAUUCGGCCGCGCGAGAGAGGAUUUUGAGCUGAGUUCGAGAGGGGCGAGGUACCCAGUGAAGAAAGGGGAGCUUUUGUGCGGGUACCAGCCGAUAGUUAUGAGGGAUCCAACGGUGUUUGACAGGGCAGAUGAGUUCGUGGCUGAUAGGUUUAUUGGAGAGGAGGGGAAGAGGCUGCUGAACUACUUGUUCUGGUCGAACGGGCCGGAGACGGGGACUCCGUCUGUGCAGAACAAGCAGUGCGCAGCCAAAGAUCACGUUGUGGCAACCGCUUGCUUCAUGUUGGCCGAGAUCUUUAGGAGGUAUGAUGACUACGAGUGCGGGGACGGCAUGGAUUUCACCAAGCUGGAGAAGGCGACCGCCACCACCGCCACCGUCUCCGCCGCCGCUGCACCGGGCGGCGUUAAAUGAGGUCGCUGGGUACUCUAAAAGCUUGUUUUAUACUAAUUCGUAAUUACGGGCUUCCAUUUUAAACUUCUAAAUUGUUUGAGUGGUGGCUUAGAAUAAAUGGAGUGUUUUUUUUUUUUCACCUUUGCUACUUCUCCUGUCGCCGGCGAUCGCCAUUAGAGGCUCUAUUAUUUGCCAAACGCAGAAGCUGCGAGAAGACAAAACCAUUGCUGUCGUAGAAUCAACGUCUCGGAUCCGUAACGAUGAAUCAUGAUUUUUUAUAGUUUUUUAUGUGGUGCUUAUCAUUGUAACUUGUCAGAAAAAGCUAAUAAAAUGUGCGAAUCAAUGGUGACGCUGGUAGAAAGAUU